AUGACCCACCAAACCCAUGCCUACCACAUAGUGAAUCCAAGCCCAUGACCACUUACAGGAGCAUUCUCUGCCCUCCUCCUUACAUCAGGCCUAGUAAUGUGGUUCCAUUACAACUCAUACACCUUAAUAACUCUUGGCUUAUUAGCAAACACUCUUACCAUGUACCAAUGAUGACGAGACGUAGUACGAGAAGGAACAUAUCAAGGCCAUCAUACACCAAUCGUACAAAAAGGACUACGCUACGGAAUAAUCCUAUUCAUUGUAUCAGAAGUAUUCUUCUUUGCAGGAUUCUUCUGAGCCUUCUACCACUCCAGCCUUGCACCAACCCAUGACCUAGGAGGUUGCUGACCCCCUACAGGAAUUACCCCCCUUAAUCCACUUGAAGUCCCCCUACUAAACACAUCAGUAUUACUAGCAUCCGGAGUUUCCAUUACAUGAGCCCACCACAGCCUAAUAGAAGGGAAACGAAACAACAUAAACCAAGCCUUACUUAUUACAAUCAUGCUUGGAGUCUACUUCACAAUUCUUCAAGCCAUAGAAUAUUUUGAAACUCCAUUUUCCAUUUCAGACGGAAUCUAUGGAUCCACAUUCUUCAUAGCAACUGGAUUCCACGGACUCCACGUAAUUAUUGGAUCUACAUUCCUAAUAGUAUGCCUACUACGACAACUUAAAUAUCACUUCACAUCCAAACAUCACUUUGGCUUCGAAGCAGCAGCAUGAUAUUGACACUUCGUGGAUGUAGUAUGACUUUUCCUGUAUGUAUCUAUCUAUUGAUGAGGAUCUU